AUGUCUACGGCAACCUAUGAUCAAAUAGAAAUAGAAGAUAUGACAUUCCAUCCAGAGUCUCAACUAUUCACAUAUCCAUGUCCAUGUGGUGACAGAUUUGAGAUUCUUAUAGAUGAUAUGGUCUAUGGUGAAAAUAUUGCAGUAUGCCCUAGCUGUUCUUUAAUGAUCGAUGUCAUCUUUGAGCCAGAAGAUCUAAUUCAAUAUUUUGAAGAGGCUGGUAUCGAACCACCUACUGAAUUAACUGUUACUGCUUAA